UUCGAAUUUGUGCCUAUCUUUCAACACCUAAAAAACCUUGUCUUCAAAUCCCAUGUCUUAUUACGGAAAAAGCCCAACCAGCUCCUUCUUAGAAGGGUUUUCUCUAAGUCCUCUGCCCUACCCAGUUCUCCUAAUCUUAGCAGUACUCUCCAUCUUCUUAGGCAUCUCAUGGUACUCCUCCAUUGAGUCAGCUGUGGAAGAAGUUGGAGUGCAAUUCAAUUGGGUGUUUUUGCUCACACCAGUAGUUCUCAUCCUCAUUGUGAAGGUGCUCUCAUAUAUGGAUCCUGAUUGGCUCUUCUCCAUGUCGCUGUGGGAACAACGCCGGAGGACUCACCAUCUACCUUCAGAAGGAAGCUCACCUUGGGGUGUUGCUGCUUUCAUUGUGGUCUUACUUGUUUUGCUGAAUUACCAGUCAGUUUUUCGUGAUAGCUGGCUCUUUUAGUAUGUGUAUGUAAUAGUACUGUUUUCUUAUGCUCUAAGUUCUACGUUUUGUAUGUGUAUAUUGGAGUUGUACAUGGUGAAACUAUAUCUUCUACUACAAAUUUCUGCACUGCUUUUGACUUUCAUAUUAAUCAUGAUACACACUUUACAGAAGAAAGAGAUGCAUAUUUUAUGUUGUCUGAUUGUGAAUUUAGAUCACACAUUCAAGAAAAAAUGAACAUGGUUAGUGAUUUAAAAUAUAAGUAUCAUAUGUUGUCAAACAGUCUGUCAAUAAAACGUUUCCCUUUAAUUAUUCCUUUCAUAUACAAUAUGAUCAUCUUGGUUUUUGGAUCAUUCUAUAUGAUGUUUCUUUAAUUGUUUCAUUAGCCGAAUUUGAUUUCUUGGAAGAAAUAAUUAAUUGUUACAAAUUAUAGACAAACUUGGUUCUGAAGCUAGGGUGGUUGUAGUUUGUAAGUGAUCAUAUAAAUUGAAAUUGAAAUUGAAAUAUAUAAGUAGGUAACAUAUUUGAGUACGCAAAAAAUUACCCCACAUCGGAAAACGAGUUGUCAAGAAUUCGGCAAUUUUCUGAUCGCGUUGCUAAUUAUUUUGGAGUGAAACCUUCGUGAUGAAAUUAAGGGUUUGUUAAGUUUUACAAAUAUUUAUAAUGUUGUCCAGGCCUCGCGAGUGCAAUGAAAUGACUCAUUUUCUUGAUCAGUUUGCUGUUAAUGAAAAAGUUUGCUCAAUUAGUUAGACUGGUUCAGAAUGGCUCAUGAAUCGUAUUAAAAAUGAGGAUGUUACUUCUUGUUACAAUCAAAGUGCGACUAUAAUAUUUUUUCCUUGUAGAUUAUUUUUUUGUCAUGAAGUAGGUAAACAUGAAUGAGUCUGAUAAAAAACAUUAGAUAAGUAAAUCUUCCUGUCCUUGAAAGUUUAAUGCAAUAAUUAUAUGAUUUACUUUUAGCGACAUUUACCGGGAACUCGAUUUUGAUCUCUACUUUGCUCUUUAUAACUUAAAAAUCAUCAUAAUUGGAUCAACUUUGCCAUCCAGAACUCGAUUUUAACCCUACUUUGCCCUCUGAAACUUGAAAGUCAUAUUUAUAAAACUUAAAAUUUGCUAUAUAUUGCCUUAAAUAUGUUAAUUUCUUAUGUAGAUUUGAUUUGGAUGCACCAGACUAAUCAAUUUAUUUUCAAUUUUUUUUAUCUCUUAAAUUCUUUUAAACUUAAUAUAUCUGAUUGUUAAAUGUUAACACAUAAUGAAGUUUUAUAACCAAAUUUAUUGCACAUGUGGCAUAGUUUUAUUGGGUGUAGGAUCUCACAUAUAUUUCUAGAGACGAUCUUUAAGUUUUAGGAAGAAGUAAGUUCACAAAUUAAAAUGAAACAAAUUUUGAAUUUUAAAAAAUAAAAUGUUGACUUUUGAGUUAUAUGAAAUAAAAUGACAUCAAAAUAAAGGUCAUAAGACGUAGAUAAAAACAAGCCUAAUUAUAUUUAGAAAGUUGGAGCCACCCAGCCAAAAGACCAGGAAUUGAGCUUCGUAAUCCGGGAAUUUACUGUUUCCAAAUGUCCUUUCCUUUUCUUUUCAGCUGUUUGUUUAAGUCGGCCUUCUUUCACAUCUGUAAUCGAACUUAGAAAAUAAUUUCUCUCCCUGAUUCAAUUAUAUUAUAAUCCAGACCUACGCUACCCACACCUGAGUCUUUGUGGUCCACUGUCCUGAUCAAACCGACCUCAGAGCAACUAUUUUAGAUCCAAAUCUUUUUAUUAGUAUCCAAAUACAACUAUCUUUUAUUGUAGUGGUAAUUAUCUCUACUUGGUUGGACGAUAUGUAUUUGUAAUAAAUUUAAUAUUAAAUUGUGGCUAUCUUAUGUUAUUAGCGUGACUUUAUUAUGAAAUAUGAAUGUAUUAUCGUUAUGAAAAUAUCUUAUUUUUACUUUUUGAGAAAAUGGAAGGCAAUGAACAAAUGGCCGAAUUCCGUAUGAAAUGAGCAGGCAAACACCAUGUCGACUUUGUCAUGGUUGAAGCAGGCCAAAUGGAACAAUGGGUGUCAUGGAUAAACCAUUAGUCAUAACAAUGGAAGAAGAUAUUCGUCAUCAUGACUAUCUUAGGAGAGCUCUUUUACUGUGUGGGGAUCGCAUUCGCAUGGAAUUGGAUGACACCAAACACAAUGAUGUAUUUGUGAGAGGUGAGGGCAUUCCUACGCAAAUUUCUUUUUAAUAAUGUGAGCAAAUAUUUGUGAGUUUUGAGCUCCUUUAAGUCUGACAUCGAGGAACUCAAGGGAAUUUGAAGUCCUUAUAUUACUUUAGUCUCUUUUAUUAGUGAUUAGAUGUUGGACCAUUUGGAAUGAGAUUUGAGAUUUGAGCCACUAAUUGUGUGGAUUAAGCUUGAUAAUUAUACCAUAAUAUUAAUAUUAAUUAAUCAAGGCACUUGGGGCCUAAGAAUUAAAAUUAAUCUGAUCAAUUAGUUAUAAUUUCAAAUUAAGUUUUUAAUUACAAUUAAUUAAAAACAUUUUGAUUAAUAGACACAACUCUUUGGAAAGAGUUGUAUAGCUUCAGAUACAUCCAAAAGGUAUUUGAAGAGGUAUGAAAUAGCCUAUAUAACUAGAGUCAUCAGUUCCAUCGAAAAUCAUCUUUUCUUCUUCCUUCUCAUCCGUACAAACAUUAAAGAGAGUAAACACACAAAGCAAUUCAUUAGAAUUCUAUAAUCCAGUGCGGGUUGUAGAAUUAGGUAGUUGUAUCCUGAUCGAGCAGACAUUGUAGAACCACAAACACAAGAGUGUGACAGAAAUACUGUUUGAAGGACAUAGCUUUUGCGCUAGCCUCUACCUGUUGUAAUCAAGUUAGUACCAUUUUAAUUCUUGUAUUUGUUUUUGUAAUUUCAUUCUGUAUGGCAAAUAUUUUUAGUUAAUAAAGUAUUAGAAUUUCAAAUUUUGUUAUUUUUAUUUAUUUCUGAAUUGUUCUCCAAAAAUAUUGAUUAGAGUUGUCUAAUUAGAUUAACUCUUACAUUAAAUAGGGAUCGCAAGAGAUUGAAUAAGACCGGAUACAAUAAGGUAUCGUACUCUUGUAAUAGGUGUUGCAGGAAUGAUGCGGUAAUUAAGGGCAUCAGUGCACAAGUUCGCUUUCUAACUUUGGAAAUAUUAAGGAAAUUAGAUGAAAAACCAACUCAUAUAACUGUGGAGAGCCAAACAAGUGGACCAAUCAAAGGAAAAAAAACACAAACGAAUACAAGCGGGUCAACACAAGAGAAGCAUCGAUUAUAACUCUCCACCAAUAACUCAAUCAAAUGGAAGACUUACCAAGACCAAUAAAAAAGCAACAACACAUUUGAAGAUAAAAACAUAUAACAAGAUUUCUGCAGAACAGAAACAUAAUCAGUUUUUACAACAAAUCAAUAAAUUUAUAUACUCUCACCCUAAAAAAAAUCUAUUCUCUCUAAACGUUACAAUGCUUCCUUUUAUAUCCCAUAAUCAUAAUAUUUCUCUGCUCAGCUUAAUCCAUUUUCAUCCUCAGAACAAGAAGAAGAGGAAGAGAUAAACCUAACUCUUCUUCUUCUUCUUCUUCUUCUUUAAUUCUUAUUAACAAUGGGUUCCUGCUUCCCUAAACAGCUCGAACGCCGGAAGGCGAUCUCAACGGAGCGGAAAGUGCUACGUGAUCUCCACCAAAGCGUUGGUGAGGACUUCCCAGCAUGUGCCUACAGGCCUCCAGACAGGAAAAAUUGGAUAGCGGGGAUCAACCCGGAAAAAGUUCACGUAAACAAAAUUGUAUGGCCAGGAACUCACGACUCUGCAACCAACAAGAUUGGAAUUCCAUGCAUCACUAGGCCUUUUGGACAAUGCCAAACAAUGUCUAUAUACAAACAGCUUGUCACAGGCACUAGAGUCCUUGACAUUCGGGUUCAGAAAGAUUGUCAUGUGUGCCACGGAAUUCUCGUCACAUACCACAUUGAUGUCGUGAUAAAGGACAUUAAAAAAUUUCUGUCAGAAACAGAGUCUGAGAUCAUACUUCUCGAAAUCAGGACGGAAUAUGGGCACCAGGACCCUCCUGAUUUCGAUAAGUAUUUGGUAGAACAGCUCGGAGAGGUUCUAAUCAACCAGAACGACAAUGUGUUCAACAAGACUAUUUCAGAGCUGUUACCGAAGCGAAUAAUAUGUGUGUGGAAGCCAAGGAAUUCACCUCCCCCUAAGGCAGGGGGGCCUCUGUGGAAUUCUAUCUACCUGAAGGAUGAUUGGAUUGAUACGGAUUUGCCAUCAACAAAAUUUGAGAACAAUUUGAAGUGUUUGAGUGAACAACCUCCAAUUUCAUCAAGGAAAUUUUUUUACAGGGUGGAGAACACAGUGACACCUCAGGCUGAUAACCUUGUGGUAUGUGUUAGGCCUGUGACCAGGCGGAUUCAUGAGUUUGCACGGUUGUUUAUAACGGAGUGCUUCUCUAGAGGUAUUGCAGAUAGGUUGCAAAUCUUCUCUACUGAUUUUAUAGAUGAGGAUUUUGUUGAUGCAUGUGUUGCUGUUACAUACUCAAGAAUUGAUCAUGGGAAAGCCUGAGUUUUUCAUGUUAACUUGCGGCAUAUAUACGGUAAAACAAAGUAUAUAGAGAUUGGGUAUAUCUGUGGUAUGUGGUAUGUUGAAGAAUGUUAAAGUCCCACCUUGAAACCUGAACAAAUUGGAUAGCACUUAUAUUGAGUGGUUCUACUGCUAAUUCCAUCAAGGUCUUUUGAUAAAACUCCACAACUUUUAGAACGAGUUACAUUUAAUAUCAGUGUAAAUUUUUCCACCAUGAGAGAUUUUUCCAGUGUGAGUUAAACCCUUGUAAUUAUAAUUACUAGCUACUUUUUGUAUCAAUGAUCCAUGAAAUUUGGCCUCUUAUUUA